AUGUUUGUGGUGGUGCUGGUUCUGGCUAUAUUUGAGGCUGUGAAUGUGGACGCCCUUGUGUACUUCUACGUGGUCCACUGGUGCCGCAUGGGACGGACAGAGGUGCUCAAAUGGUUUCGUGCGAUCACGGAGAGGCACACGCUGACGGAGGUGCUGCCGGCGUACAAGAGUUUGCUGCCGCCACCCUGCGUCUUGCACGUGUCAUCUAACGAUGGGGAGCGGUAUGACGCGAAGAUUGUGGAACUUGUUUCUCUCACUGAGAAAAUUGUUGUGAUGGCGAUUCUGUGUCCACUGGUGGGGGAGAAGCGUUUCUUCGCCGCGGUUGGGGAGACUGCCUCACUGUGCGACGCUGUCAUGAUGGAGGGAGUCUCUUUUGAGCGCAUUGAUAAGAUUGUACCGGCGGCCUUGAUUCCGCUACAGGAUAUUACCUUCCCUGCAUUGGGGGUACAUCACCGCUUUAUUGACGUUGCUCGCGGUAGGCGAGAACCCUCAUUUUUGUAUCCCGCAGGCCUAGAGCUUGGCUUCAGGGCGUACUGGAUGCAGUUACUUGUGCCAUUUGAGUGA